AUGGUGCCAUUAAGCACUAGAAGUAGAAAGAACAAGGAAGUAAAUAGAGGGUCUUGGACAGCAGAAGAGGAUCAGAGACUGGCUCAAGCUAUUGAAGUCUAUGGCGCAAGAAAGUGGAAGUCUGUUGCAACCAAAGCAGGCCUUAACCGAUGUGGGAAGAGUUGCAGACUGAGAUGGAUGAACUAUCUUAGACCAAAUAUUAAGAGAGGCAAUAUCUCAGACCAAGAAGAGGACUUGAUACUCAGGCUUCACAAACUCCUUGGAAACAGGUGGUCAUUGAUUGCCGGAAGACUGCCUGGUCGGACAGACAAUGAGAUAAAAAAUUACUGGAACUCUCAUUUGAGCAAGAAGAUCAAGCAUAAUGAGAGAUCACAAAAACAAAACAGACUACUUUCAGCACCAUCAAAUCCGCCAGCAAAAGAGUUGUCCUCGUCCGACUCUCAGAAUGCUGAGUUAAGGGAGAACAAUGCUGUAUCAACUGGAAUAGAAGAUAACAACUCGAAAGGCGAGGAAAACUACUUCUUCAAGUCCAUGAGCUUUGAUGGAUCAUCUGGAGAUGAGUUCUUGUAUGAUGGAUUGAGUGCUGAUGAAGGGCCUUUAAAUCUAAUGUGGAUGAAUAGAUUUCUAGAAAUGGAUGAGAGUUGGUUUACUCUGCAUGACAUUUGACCGUUGCUUAAGUUUGUAGUUACAGCACUUCGCCACGGACUUUUGCUAAUUCUAGGAAAAAUCCCACUUAGAUUUUCU